UUCCUCACCUUAAAAAAAAAAGAUUUUGAGAAAAAUAACUGAAUUUAAAAGACUGUAAAGAGACAAUGUAGGAAGACUACUCCUCAGACAUGAGGCAGUAGUAGUAUUAUUUCUAAAAUACGUACAGAAAAUCGCAUUCAGAAAGCCCCUAGAAAUUUAUGAAUGUCGUAACUGUUUGAUGUUAGAUGGCAAGCACUUGACUGCUACCCAGGAAAGAGCAUAUUUGAUAUAAUAAAGGCACAUAAUAUAAAAUCAGAAAUUCACCUGGAAUGAGGGAAUUAUAGAAUCUGUACUCUGUAUUUCAGAAUUCUGAUGUUCCUUGCCUUGGAAAGUCAAGUAUGUUGCUUGACUUAUUGUCUUACAAAAAAGUUGGUAAGGGACGCUUCUUUCAAGGGGACAGUCAGAUGAUGACUGUUGCUCCCAGGCACUCUGUUAUUAGCAGCAAUGAGCACUGUCAGCAGACAUGUCUCAGUUCUAGGAACUUGAGACUGAAACGAAGCUGCAGUUACAUUUCUGCAGCAGCAUCAUUUUAUUUAGUUUAGCCCGCUUGUGUUUACUGAGCAUCUCUUCCGUUCCAGGCAGAGCUCGAGAUGCUGAAGGGAACAGGGAGUGCUUGCUUUUGGGAUCCAUUGUAAAACUGGAAGAUGAAAAUACUAACAAAAGAUUUUUCAGCUACAACAGUUUUGCUCCAUGUUUUAUAAUUUGGUUUUGCCUUUUAUCUUUUUUCUUACUAUAAAUAGUACUUUUAAAGCGAGAGAUAUUCCAUAUAUCGGUGGGGAUGUUCAAGCUGGAUGAGCUAGGAGGCGUGUUCCGGUCAGCCUCCAGAAAUGUUUGCUAGUCCUAGCGUUAGUUCUGACUUCCCGUCUCUCCCAGUCUCAUGUAAGGAUAUUCUCCCUUCAGUUAACACAGUAGAUCAGUGCUCCUCAAACUACCCUGGGGAAAGGCUAGAGUCGUUUUUUUAUUGCCAAUCUGUGGAAUUUAAUGCAAAUUAAUUACAAGGAAAAAUUGGCUUGUAUUUUUCUUUUAUUUCAUCUAUAAUUAGUCACCAGACAUAAAAUUAUUAUGUCAAAUUGCUAGAAGAGUUUCCAAAAGCAUACUCAAUUUUGGUACUUAACUGGGGGCAGGGAUAACAUUUUAUACAUGCUGCGGCGUGUGACUCUGUUACGUGUUGCCACCUUUUAGCUUCUGUGUUUGUGCUGUUUAUCAGCGGGGUUUUCUGGUACAGGCUGAUGUGUGGUUAGGUAGCUUUUACAGUUAGGUAGUUUCUUUAAUGAUUAGUAUGUGUGUGUUUUAAAACAUAAUAAUACUGUGCCUCUUUUGUAAAAAUAGUAAACUCUUAAGGUUAUUAGCUAAAUUAAAAAACACUACCUUGGAUGUCCUACCUUUAUACCCUUGGGGUAGGCUUGCGAGUGUCCUAACGUGUUGAGUUUGUGGGGCUGCAGUUUUGAGAGUAUUGUGAGUGCUAAUUGUGUUGUGAACACUCAUAGGCUUCCAUCCUCCCUAGAAGCCGAGUUCUCGUUUUCUCGUAAGCCUUAUUUUUGUGAUGCCUCCUCACACUCAGCCUCAGUUCGGUCAGAACUGAGCGACGCAAGGGAAAGAUGCUCUUGUUGCCUUUCGAAGAGACAGACAAACACCUUCCUCUCCUUUCUGGGGCAGAGGAGGGGUGUUCCAGACUCCUAAGUCAUUUUCCUUAUGAAUAUUUUGCCCUCUCUUUUUCUGAGUAAGAAGUCUGUAUUUGAGCAUUUGAUCACUGCAUUUCGCAUUCACUGGAAGAAGAGAAUGUUCCAGGAGCUUGAAAAAUAGUCCUGCUGAGAGGCUCUUGUUUGGAGGCGGGAGUCGUGCCUGACCCUGUCCUGCAGCCUGCUGUCUGUUUUGGCAAGGAAUGAGUUAAGGGACUUCCUUAAAGCCUGGUGUGCUCAUUCACACCCUGCUGACUCCGAGGUGUGUUGCUACGCCCUGUUUCACUCCUGACGAACUACCCCUGGCCUGUUGAACUGGUGAAGGUGGUUUUAAUUUGUUGUGGUGCAGUCUGCCCCUGGUCUCCCUGGGGAGCCUGGAAUUGCCCUGCCAUAUGCAAAGUCUGGCGUCCAUUGAGGGUGCCUAUGUGGAAUAGGUUCUGUCCCGUAUUUUCCACCUAUUUUCAUUUUGUUACACUUUCUAGAGGACUGAGCAGACACAGGGCUUGUAUCUGGGUUUGGGGCCUUUUUAUGUGGGGAUCAGUUUAUUCUGUCGUCGGUUUCGGGAUCGAGUCACUGUGGAUUUUGCUUUUCUCAUGGACUGAGAUGGCAGACAGAGUGAAGAGGAAGCCUGCGAAGAGGUAUUACUCUUUUUCUGGUGCCUCUCGGAAGGAUUCGGUGAAGGCGCUGAGGUUUUCAAGGUCACUGAACCUCAAAAGAACCACUUCAGAAAUCAGCAAGAGGCAGCUGGUGGCAGUGUUUGAUGAGCAAGAUCCGCAUCAUGGAGGUGAUGGCACCAGUGCCAGCUCCACGGGCACCCAGAGUCCGGAGAUAUUUGGCAGUGAGCUUGGCACCAACAGUGUUUCCGCCUUUCAGCCUUAUCAAGCAGCAAGUGAGAUUGAGGUCACACCUUCAGUGCUCCGUGCGAAUAUGCCUCUCCACGUUCGACGAAGCAGUGACCCAGCUUUAGUUGGCCUCUCAACUUCUCUCAGUGAUAGUAAUUUUUCCUCUGAAGAGCCGUCACGGAAAAACCCCACACGCUGGUCGACAACAGCCGGCUUCCUCAAGCAAAACACUGCUGGUAGCCCUAAAGCCUGUGACAGGAAGAAAGAUGAAAACUACAGAAGCCUCCCACGGGAUACUAGUAACUGGUCUAACCAAUUUCAGAGAGACAAUGCUCGCUCAUCUCUGAGUGCCAGUCACCCAAUGGUGGACAAGUGGCUGGAGAAGCAAGAACAGGAUGAGGACGGGACAGAAGAAGACAAUAGCCGUGUUGAACCCGUCGGACAUGCUGACACUGGUUUGGAGAACAUACCCAACUUUUCUCUGGAUGAUAUGGUAAAGCUCGUACAAGUCUCCAACGAUGGAGGGCCUCUGGGAAUCCAUGUAGUGCCUUUCAGUGCUCGAGGCGGCAGAACCCUGGGGUUAUUAGUAAAACGAUUGGAGAAAGGUGGUAAAGCUGAACAAGAAAACCUUUUUCACGAGAAUGAUUGCAUUGUCAGGAUUAAUGAUGGUGACCUUCGAAAUAGAAGAUUUGAACAAGCACAGCAUAUGUUUCGCCAAGCCAUGCGUACACCCAUCAUUUGGUUCCAUGUGGUCCCUGCAGCAAAGAAAGAGCAGUAUGAACAACUCUCCCAAAGUGAGAACACUUACUCUUGCAGCCGCUUCAGCCCCGACAGCCAGUACGCCGACAACAGGAGUGUGAACAGCGCAGGGCUGCAGGCGCUGCAGAGAGCACCGCGCCCGGCCCGCCCGGCCCACCCGGCCGAUCAGGCAGACCCCCACCCCCGCCUGCUACCUCACAGCACGCACCCUCCCGGGAAACCGCCCUCAGCUCCGGCCCCAGCACCACAGACUGUAUUUAGUACCAGCGUCAGCAGUGGGUACAACACCAAAAAAAUAGGCAAGAGGCUUACUAUCCAGCUUAAGAAAGGUACAGAAGGCUUGGGAUUCAGCAUCACUUCCCGAGAUGUAACGAUAGGUGGCUCAGCUCCAAUUUAUGUGAAAAACAUCCUCCCAAGAGGGGCUGCCAUACAAGAUGGCAGACUCAAGGCAGGAGAUAGACUUAUAGAGGUAAAUGGAGUAGAUAUCGCAGGCCAAUCCCAAGAGGAGGUUGUUUCCCUGUUGAGAAGCACCAAAAUGGAAGGAACUGUGAGCCUUCUGGUCUUUCGCCAAGAAGACGCCUUCCACCCAAGGGAACUGAAUGCAGAGCCAAGCCAGAUGCAGAUUCCAAAAGAAACGAAAGCAGAAGACGAGGAUAUUGUUCUCACGCCUGAUGGCACCAGGGAAUUUCUGACGUUUGAAGUUCCACUUAAUGAUUCAGGAUCAGCCGGUCUUGGUGUCAGUGUCAAAGGUAACCGGUCAAAAGAGAACCACGCAGAUUUGGGAAUCUUUGUCAAGUCCAUUAUUAAUGGAGGAGCAGCAUCUAAAGAUGGAAGGCUUCGGGUGAAUGAUCAACUGAUAGCAGUGAAUGGCGAAUCCCUGUUGGGCAAGACGAACCAAGACGCCAUGGAAACCCUCAGAAGGUCCAUGUCCACCGAAGGGAACAAGCGAGGAAUGAUCCAGCUCAUUGUCGCAAGGCGAAUAAGCAAGUGCAAUGAGCUAAAGUCACCUGGGAGCCCCUCUGGACCUGAGCUGCCCAUUGAAACGGUGUUGGACGAUAGAGAACGAAGAAUUUCCCAUUCCCUCUACAGUGGCAUUGAGGGGCUUGAUGAAUCACCCACCAGAAAUGCCGCACUCAGUAGGAUAAUGGGUGAGUCAGGUAAAUACCAGCUGUCCCCCACAGUGAAUAUGCCCCAAGAUGACACUGUCAUCAUAGAAGAUGACAGGUUGCCAGUGCUUCCUCCACAUCUCUCUGACCAGUCAUCUUCCAGCUCCCAUGACGACGUGGGGUUCGUGACGACAGAGACUGGCACGUGGGCUAAGGCUGUGGUCACUGAUUCUGCGGACUGCUCUUUGAGUCCAGAUGUUGAUCCUGUCCUUGCUUUUCAACGAGAAGGAUUUGGACGCCAGAGUAUGUCAGAAAAACGCACAAAGCAAUUUUCAGAUGCCAGUCAAUUGGAUUUCGUUAAAACGCGAAAAUCAAAAAGCAUGGAUUUAGGUAUAGCUGACGAGACUAAACUCAAUACAGUGGAUGACCAGAAAGCAGGUUCCCCCAGCAGAGAUGUGGGACCCUCCCUGGGUCUGAAGAAGUCAAGCUCCUUAGAGAGUCUGCAGACAGCAGUCGCUGAGGUGACUUUGAAUGGGGAUAUCCCUUUCCAUCGCCCCCGGCCACGGAUAAUCAGGGGCAGGGGAUGCAAUGAAAGCUUCAGAGCUGCCAUUGACAAGUCUUACGAUAAACCUUCGGUAGACGACGAUGAUGAAGGCAUGGAGACGUUGGAAGAAGACACAGAAGAAAGUUCAAGAUCAGGGAGAGAGUCUGUAUCCACAGCGAGUGACCAGCCUUCGCACUCUCUGGAGAGACAAAUGAAUGGAAACCAAGAGAAAGGUGAUAAGACUGAGAGGAGAAAGGAUAAAACUGGAAAAGAGAAGAAGAAAGAGAGAGAGAAGGAGAAGGAGAAAAUGAAAGCCAAGAAGGGAAUGCUCAAGGGUUUGGGAGACAUGUUCAGGUUUGGCAAACAUCGAAAAGAUGACAAGAUUGAGAAAACGGGUAAAAUAAAAAUACAGGACUCCCUCACGUCAGAAGAGGAGAGAAUACGAAUGAAGCAGGAGCAGGAGAGGAUUCAAGCCAAAACUCGAGAAUUUAGAGAGCGACAAGCUCGAGAGCGUGACUAUGCUGAAAUCCAAGAUUUUCAUCGAACAUUUGGCUGUGAUGAUGAGCUGGUGUACGGGGGAAUUUCUUCCUAUGAAGGUUCCAUGGCUCUCAGCGCCAGACCGCAGAGCCCAAGAGAAGGACAUAUGAUGGAUGCCUUGUAUGCCCAAGUGAAGAAGCCGCGGAAUUCCAAACCUUCACCUGCAGACGGCAACAGAUCAACUCCUAGCAACCAUGAUCGGAUACAGCGUCUACGGCAAGAAUUUCAGCAAGCAAAGCAGGAUGAAGACGUAGAAGAUCGCAGACGCACCUAUAGCUUUGAACAACCCUGGCCCAGCUCCAGGCCGGCGGCGCAGAGCGGCAGGCACUCGGUGUCCGUGGAGGUCCAGAUGCAGCGCCAGCGGCAGGAGGAGCGCGAGAGCUUCCAGCAGGCCCAGCGCCAGUACAGCUCUCUGCCCCGACAAAGCAGGAAGAACGCCAGCUCUGUCUCCCAGGAUUCUUGGGAGCAGAGCUACUCCCCGGGAGAAGGCUUCCAGAGCGCCAAGGAGAACCCCCGGUACUCCAGCUACCAGGGCUCCAGAAACGGCUACCUGGGCGGGCAUGGCUUCAAUGCCAGGGUGAUGCUGGAGACCCAGGAGCUCCUUCGCCAGGAGCAGAGGCGGAAAGAGCAACAGAUGAAGAAGCAGCCCCCUCCCCCCGAGGGGCUCACCAACUAUGACUCAUAUAAGAAAGUCCAGGACCCCAAUUACGCCCCUGCCAAGGGGCCCUUCCGGCAGGAUGUGCCCCCCUCCCCUUCUCAGGUCGCCAGGCUGAACAGACUCCAGACCCCUGAGAAAGGCAGGCCUUUCUACUCCUGAGCAGGAGAGGAGUGGAUGCUUCAUGUCAGGCAAUAAAGGACAUUUUCCUAUGAAGACUUGUAUUUGGGGAGUUUUUUUAAAACCUCGAUGGUACUAUGGAAUAUUUCUGAUGUUGGUAUCAGUGCCUUUAAGCAGUAUGGGCAAAGAAAUGGAAGGCCUUAAUGUCUUUGCUGCCAUGUCUCAAGUGUCUAUUUCGUGGAAGGAUUUCCCAACAUCUGACAAUCAUCUUUUUGAGGCAUUCAUAUGCUCUGCAUCUCUCUGGAGUACCAGGAAUCUUGGCCCAACUCAUGAGAUGUCGUGGCUUUGUGUUUCAGCCCCUACAACUGUGGUGACAAAUUACCUUGAAGUUGAGGGGGACGUUGAUCCCUCUUUUUUCUCUUUAAGUUUCCUUAGAUGUGAGGCGACGUCUCCGUCUCUGGUGGAUGAAAGUGGUGAGGUACACCAGAAACGGAGGCUUUACGGUACUUCACAGCGCAGUCGUUAGAGUACUUUAUAAUCAUAUGGUUUCCCUUUUCCAUCUCGGCUCAUUGUAACAGGAAACUUCUUUCAUCCUAUUAGAGAAGCUAAGCCAUAUUCCAACACUGUCUGCUUAUCAUGGGGGUCCUUUUGUAACUGCCUUAUACCUCAGCAUUACCAGGAAAUUGAUCGUUCCAGUCUGUGUUCAUACCUAUGCUUGUUUAGUCAUGUUCUUAACAUGUGUCUUGAGUCACCACAGCUCUGUGUAGGGAACGUGGGAGAUGAGAGUGACCCUGGAGGGGGAGGGACUGGGCCUGCCUGCAGCCCAGUGUGUAUCGUGAUGUGGGAGGUGGUAGCUACGAAAGGAAUUCUCCCAGGAUGAGCUUCUGGCCCAGUACAUCCCAGUAAUUAUUUUAAUUAGUUUUUGUUUGACAGGUUGGCAGGAAGGGCACAGAUAAAUCAGACAGUCGUUUGGGGAUUCUAAAAACUCAUCUGCUUUCUACAGUUUUUAAAGUUGGUUCGAACAGACAUCCACGUGUUGUCCCUCUGCCUGGUGAUGCCAUCCAUGCUACUGAAUAAUUCUGUCAUGAAAUAGAAAAGACAAAUAAGGGAAAAGCCAUUACACAUCGAACAGAGAACAACUUCGUGUCCCAAAACGGUGUAACAAGAUUGCUCUCAUGUCAAUAUUUUAAUGUACGUGUGGGUCACAAGAACCUCGGUUGCUCCCGGGUUUCCAUCUGUUGGUCUGAACAUCAUGUAUCGUAAACCAUGGCUGCAUUGCUAAAGUGCCUGCAAAUCCUGACGUGAAAAAAGCUUGAGAUGAAAGCUCAGCAUACCAUGUAUUAACAAAAAAGAAAAGAAAAAAAAAGACAUGUACUGAUAUGCCUAUUUUUUUUUACUGGCACAUUGUAUUUUCGUGUCCACUUGUUUCUAGGAAAUAUGUGAAGUGUCCAUACACAUACCUGUGUCUCUUUUGCAUUUCUGUGUAACAGUUCUAUUUGUUCAUAAUAUGAGGUGAUGUUUAAAUGGUGUUGCCAAUGUAAGUACGGUGACCCUGGAUGACAGUGGCUGUUCCCCACAGCCUUCCCUGAGCUGUGAGAAACAGCUUUCCCUGUAUAUAUGAGACUUCUAAUAAAAGGCAUAUUUCUUCCUGUUU